UUCAGAUUCUACUACUUUUCCUUGUAAACAAUAUCUUGAUCCUCGAGGGAAUCCAAUGGAGGAAGGUUAUCUAUAUAAACAAACCAUGAUGAAGUAGCCUUCAUAAUCAUACUAAAGCCUAAGAUUUGUGUAUGUUUUUAACCUAAAACGUAUACAUGUCGAAUUUGAGUUUCCUGAGGUUCAACUAUAGCUUCUCAUGGAAGCCCUCCUCUUCACGCAAGCAUAGCUUCAUUUCAAGACAGACAUCGAAUAAUGAAGGACAAAGUUUCCAACCAAAAGAGGAGGAAAUGAAAUGGGUGUUUCAGAAAUUUGACACCAACAACGAUGGCAAGAUCUCACUUGAAGAAUACAAGGCUGCUGCAAGGGCUUUGGAUAGGGGCAUUGGGGAAGCUGAAGCAGUGAAGGGUUUUAGGGUGAUGGACUCUGAUGGGGAUGGCUUCAUUGACUUCAAAGAGUUCGUGGAGAUGCUCAACGGAGAGGGUAAGAUUAAAGAAGCGGAUAUCAAGAACGCUUUUGAAGUGUUUGAUUUGAACGGUGAUGGGAAGAUCAGUGCUCAGGAAUUGUCCCAAGUUCUGAAGAGGCUAGGAGAGAGUUGCAGCCUUAGUGCAUGCAAAAAAAUGGUGAAAGGAGUGGAUGGAAAUGGAGAUGGUUUCGUUGACUUGAACGAGUUUACGAGGAUGAUGAUGAGUGGGAAGAAACUAGGCUAAGUGUUUAGACUAAUUAUCUUGUUUUCAGUGUUUCUGUUAUUCGUGUCUUAAGAAAUACUUUGUUUCUUUUUCUUUUCUUGAGUGCUAGAGAGGUUACUAUAGUUUGUUGGUCCUAUAUAUGAGAUUAACUAUAACUAUAUCAUGCUUAGUUAGUAACAGGUGUAAUGCUUCUGAUAUCAAUGUAUAUGGUAAAUGUUAAUGUUAUUUUGUCUUUGA